AUGGCGACCCUUAAAGAUCGUCAGAUUAAUGCUAUCAAGCAAAUGCUAAACCUCAAUCAGCCCAUAACGAAAGCCAUAUCCGCCGAACCCGUAUGGAAGCUGUUGAUAUACGAUCGUGCUGGGCAGGAUAUUAUUUCCCCGUUGAUAUCGAUCCGUGAGCUGCGUGAAAUGGGUAUUACGCUGCAUAUUCAGCUACAUUCCGAUCGUGAUUCCAUUCCGGACGUGCCGGCUAUAUACUUUUGUGCCCCAACGGAAGAAAAUCUAGGCCGUAUAGCGCAAGACUUCCAGAACGGGCUGUACGAUGUGUAUCACCUUAACUUUAUUGCACCCAUCUCCCGGCAGAAGUUGGAAGAUUUGGCAGGCGCGGCCUUGCAGGCAGGAUGUGUCGCUAACAUUCACAAGGUGUACGAUCAGUACUUGAACUUUAUUACGCUGGAGGACGAUAUGUUUGUGUUGAAGCACCAGAACAGUGAUGCAUUGUCGUAUUACGCCAUUAACCGUGCCAAUACGCAGGACGUAGAAAUGGAAAACAUCAUGGAUAGCAUCGUGGACAGUUUGUUCGCCGUGUUCGUUACGCUUGGUACCGUACCCAUCAUACGGUGUCCGAAAAACAGUGCCGCCGAAAUGGUGGCCCGAAAGUUGGAGAAAAAGCUCCGUGAAAAUCUGUGGGAUGCUCGGAACAAUUUGUUUCACAUGGAUGCAACACAAACGGGGGCAUUUAGCUUUCAGAGACCGUUGUUGGUGCUGCUGGAUCGAAGCAUCGAUAUGGCGACCCCGUUGCAUCAUACCUGGACUUACCAAGCACUUGCUCACGAUGUGCUGGAGCUCGCGCUGAAUCGUGUUGUGGUGGAAGAGGAUCCAUCAGCAGACCAUCAACAGUACGGUGCGACCGGAGCGAAGCCAAAAAUGAAAGCAUGUGAUUUAGACUCUCGCGAUCGGUUCUGGUGUACGCACAAAGGGAGUCCAUUUCCGACGGUGGCCGAAGCGAUACAGGAAGAGCUGGAACAGUAUCGCUCCUCGGAAGAAGAGAUCAAAAAGCUUAAAACAACUAUGGGCAUCGAUGGGGAAUCGGAUGCCGCAUUUUCGAUGGUGAACGAUAAUACGGCCAAACUGACCAGUGCCGUCAACUCACUGCCACAGCUGCUGGAAAAGAAGCGUCUGAUCGAUAUGCACACGAAAAUUGCGACUUCCAUCCUGAACUACAUCAAAUCGCGCCGGUUAGAUUCGUUUUUUGAGCUGGAAGAAAAAAUCAUGUCCAAGCAGGCGCUCGAUCGUGCGUUGAUUGAAUUGUUGAAGGAUCCGGAAUUUGGCCUACCUGAGGAUAAGAUGCGACUGUUUAUCAUCUAUUACAUCUGCAGUAACGUAACUGAUGCGGAAUUUAAGCGCCUGGAGGAAACGUUGAAAGAGUGCGAAUGUGAUUUGUCUCCAUUGCCGUACAUACAACGAUGGAAGAGCAUCAUGAAGAGCACACUAACUAACUCGAACCAAUACGAAGGAAGUGGCACAAAAACGGUGUCCAUGUUUUCGAAGCUCGUAUCCCAAGGAUCGUCCUUCGUGAUGGAAGGUGUAAAGAACUUAGUAGUUAAAAGACACAAUCUUCCCGUCACCAAAAUCACGGAACAGCUGAUGGAGUGCCGGUCUGGUGGUUCCGAGGUAGACGACUAUCUGUACCUCGAUCCGAAGCUACUCAAGGGUAGCGAUGUGGUGCCGAAAAAUCGAUCCCCAUUCCAGGACGCCAUCGUGUUCGUGGUCGGUGGUGGUAACUACAUCGAGUAUCAGAACUUGGUCGAUUUCAUCAAAUCCAAGCAAAGCACCAACAGCAUUCGGCGCAUUAUUUACGGUGCCUCAACGCUAACGAACGCGAAACAGUUCCUGAAGCAACUCUCACUGCUGGGCCAGGAGAUUGCCGGUGCAUAG